AUGGUUAUUGCAAACAUGCUGGCAAAUCCUGACUUUGCCCAAGAGUUCAAGACCACUCCAUAUGUUCAUCUGGGACCAGAUAGGCAGUGGCAUUGGAGUGAAUUCAUGUCUGGAAACUUUGCAUGGCGACACACAACUCAAAUAUAUGAGACUGAUCCCUCCACAUAUGGUGCCAUGCUAGUACCUAUCAUUCUUGGCAGCGACAAGACAACAGUGUGCUCCUUGCUGGAGUCGUGUCAGGCUGAAAUGCUACAACAAGAAUUCUAUGAUAACAGCACCUUGUUAUGGGACAAUUAUGAUAUCUAUGAGAUGCUUACCUCAGAUCUGCUUCACCAGAUCAUCAAAGGAUCAUUUAAAGAUCAUCUUGUAGAAUGGGUUGGAGAGUAUCUCGAGAUAACAGUUGGUGCAGUGCGAGCAAAAGAAAUUAUGGAUGAUAUUGACCAAUGUGAUUCCCUCAUGGUCUAUCUUGCAGCAAUAGCAGACUACAUGGACAACAAUAUUGUUUGCAUGUUUGCUGCCUUUUUGGACUUCUGCUAUCUUGUUCAGCAAUCUGAUAUUGAUGAGAGCACACUUCUCUCAAUCUCAGAGGCUGUUGAUCGCUUCCCACCUCAUGCUGCAAGGAAAGGCCUUUGGCUAUGCUAA